UGCAGCGCCUUCAGCAGGUCUCCGGCAGCGGAUUCCAGUUCUCCGGGUUUUGGGGCUCCCUACAGGACGCAGUGCCCGAUCUGGGAAUCUCUAGGAAUUGAAAGGGCAAGGCUGGCGGGGGUGGGGGUGGGGGUGGCGGUGGGGGUGGGUUGGAGGUGGAGAAAGGGAUGUUGCAGGUAGGAAGAAGGGGUCAGGAUUCAGGCCCUUCUUCCUCCUAGUAAAUGCCCAGACGGACCAAGUUGGCUCCGGUGUUUCCAGGGUUAGGUUGCCUGAAGUACGUUUCGGGCAGCGACCAGCGUCCUUCACUCUGCCAGGCCCACGGGAGGACCUGGGCAGGGUCUGCCCCCAUUACCCCUGCGUUCACACACGGCUGGGGACUGCGAUCAGGUGCUAAAAAGGCUCACACAGCAGGCCAGUCUGCGCCCCAGCGGCACCCCUGGUUUGAGUGCGGGGUGGGGGAGUGUUGGCUCUCAAUUCCAACGCAGUUUUCACUUCUGGAGAAAGCUGCGCAGAGCCCUAACAUGCGUGAGAGAGGUGGACGUGAGGGGUGUCUUUGCCAGAGGCCUUGGCCUGACCUCGUUUCACACCCAAGGAGAAGAAAGUUAAGUCCACAGAGCUGAACUGCAAAAGUUUUCCAUUUACAGAGCUCUGGAGGGUCAGCCCACGUUGUAACUUGUCUGUCUAUGCGCUAGCACGGGGGACCCAAUGAGCGAAGACAGUUCUAGGUUUGUCACUCGCAGAACUCCAGGCAUCUCUGUAGCUCCAGCAUCUAACGCUGACAUUAGCAUACGGGAGGCGUCCAAUGAACGUUUGAAUGAAUGAAAAGGGCUGGGAACCAGAGUGAGCGGGAAGCCACUUGGAAAACACCCAUUUGAGGAGGUGUUUCAUCUAGGCCUGUGAAACGCGGCAGAUUUUCCCAGGACCCCUCCUCCCUUCCCCUCGGCCCCGCCUCCUGACCCCUCCAUUCCCCGUCCCCGUUGUAAUCCCCUCCGGUUUUCCUCAGUCUCCACAUACGUCCCUCAGGGCGCGUCCCAAAACCCGGAUAACCGGAGCGCUCCCCAUGGACCACACUGAGGGCUCGCCCGCGGAGGAGCCGCCUGCGCAUGCUCCAUCGCUUGGAAAAUUUGGUGAGCGGCCUCCACCUAAACGACUCACUAGGGAAGCUAUGCGAAAUUACUUAAAGGAGCGAGGGGAUCAAACAGUACUUAUUCUUCAUGCAAAAGUUGCACAGAAGUCAUACGGAAAUGAAAAAAGGUUUUUUUGCCCUCCUCCUUGUGUGUAUCUUAUGGGCAGUGGAUGGAAGAAAAAAAAAGAACAAAUGGAACGUGAUGGUUGUUCUGAACAAGAGUCUCAACCAUGUGCAUUUAUUGGAAUAGGAAAUAGUGACCAAGAAAUGCAGCAGCUGAACUUGGAAGGAAAGAACUAUUGCACAGCCAAAACUUUGUACAUAUCUGAUUCAGACAAGAGAAAGCACUUCAUGUUGUCUGUAAAGAUGUUCUAUGGCAACAGCGAUGAUAUUGGUGUGUUCCUCAGCAAGCGGAUAAAAGUCAUCUCCAAACCUUCCAAAAAGAAGCAGUCAUUGAAGAAUGCUGACUUGUGCAUUGCCUCAGGAACAAAGGUGGCUCUGUUUAAUCGACUUCGAUCCCAGACAGUUAGUACCAGAUACUUGCAUGUAGAAGGAGGUAAUUUCCAUGCCAGUUCUCAGCAGUGGGGAGCAUUUUACAUUCAUCUCUUGGAUGAUGAUGAAUCAGAAGGAGAAGAAUUCACAGUUCGUGAUGGCUACAUCCACUAUGGACAGACAGUCAAACUUGUGUGCUCGGUCACCGGCAUGGCUCUCCCAAGACUGAUAAUUAGGAAAGUGGAUAAGCAAACCGCAUUACUGGAUGCAGACGAUCCUGUGUCACAACUCCAUAAAUGUGCAUUUUACCUUAAGGAUACAGAAAGAAUGUACUUGUGCCUUUCUCAAGAAAGAAUAAUCCAGUUUCAGGCCACUCCAUGCCCAAAAGAACCAAAUAAAGAGAUGAUAAAUGAUGGAGCUUCCUGGACAAUCAUUAGUACGGAUAAGGCAGAGUAUACAUUUUACGAGGGGAUGGGCCCUGUCCUUGCCCCAGUCACCCCUGUGCCUGUCGUAGAAAGUCUUCAGUUGAAUGGCGGUGGGGACGUAGCAAUGCUUGAACUUACAGGACAGAAUUUCACUCCAAAUUUACGAGUGUGGUUUGGGGAUGUAGAAGCUGAAACUAUGUACAGAUGUGGAGAGAGUAUGCUCUGUGUUGUCCCAGACAUUUCUGCAUUCCGGGAGGGCUGGCGAUGGGUCCGGCAGCCAGUCCAGGUUCCAGUAACUUUGGUCCGUAAUGAUGGAAUCAUUUAUUCCACCAGCCUUACCUUUACCUACACACCGGAACCAGGGCCACGGCCACACUGCAGUGCGGCAGGAGCAAUCCUUCGAGCCAGUUCAAGCCAAGUGCCCCCUAAUGAAUCAAACACAAACAGCGAGGGAAGUUACACAAAUGUCAGCACAAAUUCUACCAGUGUCACAUCAUCUGCAGCAACAGUGGUGUCCUAACUACCGGCUUCUUGCUGGGACUUAAACUGACUUGAGUGCGGCAAAAUGUUGACAAAAAAAAAAAAAAAGAAAGAAAGAAAGAAAAAAAAUGAACAAUCUUUUGUGGUUUCUUGGGAAAACUUUUCAUACCAGGUGAUACUGUUCAGAAACCCCAUUACCUACAAGUGCUGAUCUGAAGUGCAGAAGCCGCAGUAAAACAAACAAACAAAACGUCGAAAUGUACAAACUAUUGGGAAUCGAUUGUUUUCGGCUGUUACUCUUGUUUGGUUGGUUUUUGUUUGGUUUUGUUUAAAUGGGCAAGAAAUAGAGAUGUGGCUGGAAUAAAAGUUAAUCAAACUAGAAGACACAAAUCUAACAUAGUUUUUACGGACCAAGGAACUUGUAUAAGCUUUAGCAAAAGGUACAUUUUCACCAUACCUUUUUUUAUAUCACAGUAUAUAGUACACCUUUGUUACCAAAUAGGUCCCUCUCCUCCCCACCCCGUCUGAGCUUUUGCUCUACAGUACAUUCAAGUUCCAAGCCUGACCAUGCUUGUUUAACCUAAUUACCAUAUUCUUCCAGGUUUUUUUUUUUGGUUUAAGGCUGGAACUGAUCUUUUUAUUUUAUUUUAUUUUUUUAAAGCUGAUGUCUUAAUGACUUUUCACGAGUCGAAAUUGUUCUGAUUUCAGCAAGUCAAAUCUUGUAAAGGCCCGCCUAUUUUUUUUUUUUUUUUAAGAUUAUAUGAAGUCUGUGCAAAAGCUUUAAAAAAAAUGCCUCUGCCUUGCCUGCAGUACAUGCAAUGUAUGUUAACUUAGUCUCUAUUCUCAGACACUGUUGGUAGGUCUUUCCUUGUUUUCCUUUUUUUGUUGUUGUUGUUCUAAAUGUAUUUAUAGUGGUAUUCCAAGAGGUUCUAAAAUUUCCGUGGAAUUAAAUGUGGCCAUUUAGUCAUUAAUGAAUUCAUGGUGCAGAACAUGUUGGUAUUUGAAGUGUUCUCUCCCCUUUGCCCAUGUGUAAAUGUAUCUACAUGUUCCAGAUUCGUUCAGGUCCCCCGCCCCACUCCUAAUCUUGUACAUAACUUGUAUUAUGUGUAAGUUAAACAUUUUAUUUUGAACUUGGAAUGUUCCCAGUGAUCUCCUUCAGCAGGGUGUUUUCCACCUUGUUAGCAUAGGACAAAAAAAAAAAAAAAAUAUCAUGAGAAGUAUUUGCUACCAGCUGGUAGAUGGUGCCCUUAUUGUAUAAUGAGAAAAUCUCAGCAAAAGCAUGUGUUUGUUUACUUAUUUUUUUUAUUUUAUUAUUAUUAUUAUUUUUUUGGUAGCCUAGGUCAAAACAUCAUUGUAACCUUGAAACAAGAUGCUUUUAUUAGAUGACCAACUCAAAUAGCUUGGAAGACAGUACUUUAGAACAGAUAGUUGUGAGAUUGUAAAACUGCAAAUGCAAUUAAUCUUUUCAUCUCUCUCCUGACUCCUCUGUCUUCUCUUCCCCAGUGCUGAGUGUCUCCACAGAUGUCUCCUACUCAGAAGACAUUUCUUUUCCAUUCAGUUAAGAUUUCGUUGCAUUCGGGUUGUGCGUUGGCCCUUCCAUGCUGUAGGCUCACCGGUUUUUCCUUGCUUCCAUUCCUGCACUCUGGUCAGGCCUUUGUUCAGUUUCUUAGAAAUUGCAGCCGACUCACUGGGCUACAUUUAGUACAGGAACCGUGUGUGUGAUGUUCUAGGACACAGUCUAGUACUACAAUCAUUCUUUCUAGAGUUCAAAACUACCUCUAGAGUGUGGUAAGCUUUUACUGUCCCAUAAAACAGGAGCCACAAGUACCUUAUGAAUGCAAAACUAACUUCCCACAGUGUUGCCAUACAGAACAUUGUCUUUCUGGUGUCAUGGGCUGUUUUGAAAACGUCUUCAUCGGUAGACUUUGUAAACAUUAGUAGCUUUCCCCCUCUCCCCAGCUUUGUUAUCUUCAUCACUCAUUCUUUUGCUCAGACUGUGUCAUUGUAAAUAUAAUUCCUAACUUCUCUAAAUCACCUUUUCCUCAGUUUUCAAGGAGGAAGUCACUUGUAAAACACAUUACUGGUUAAAUCAGAGUUAUUGUGGUUUUAUCGUACUGCAAGCCUUUUUAAUUACUCACAGGCUGCAUUAUUCUAUAUGUAUAGCCUUCUCUUCAGAUCUGCUCCAGUCACUAGCUUCUCUCGUAAGCUGACCCUGCCUCACACUUCAAAUCUGAUCCAGUGAUCAAGGGCAGAAUUGUGGCCUUACCUUUCUUUGUUUUAACUGUUUACUAGCUCCUUCUUGCAAACUUGCUUAUUUCUGAGUAGUAUUUAUUCUUCUCUGUUGAGUCAUGGAAGUAAUCUUUACACUGCUUUUGGUUCGGAGCGUGGAAAUAUUUUCAGUGCCGCUUUACUUCCAAUGGGCCACAAGUUUCCUCCACUCCCCAGGUUGGUUACAUACAAAACUAUGUUAAAUUAACCGAUACCAGAUGAGAUACUUUUGAAGAACAGACUAUUCCUUACGUAGCUUUGCAGCUCAAAUUCUCCAAGUUUAUGGCUUUGUUAAAAUGAACUUUGCUUUUUUACUAUUUAAUUAUACCUUAUUUUGGCUGUUUGUUUCUUUUAAUAAGAUAAUUUUGAAAUACUAGACUGUAAAGCCUUUUCCUGUUUGUUUUUUGUUUGUUUGAAAAGUCCGAGAAUGUACUUCUACAGACAUUUCCCUUGCUAUUUUAUGCCAUUCUGCAUACCACAAACUAAAGACUGAAAUGAUUUCUGUUGUAGCUUAUUUUUUUUAUCAGUAGUUCUUUUGUCAGCUGCUUUAAAAAAAAAUCUUUAUGGAUUUGUAAAUCAUUUUCAGUGUAUAAUUUAUAGGAGCCUUGUCCUCUGGUUAUAGUAGAAUACAGCCCCUCCUCCGAUGGCAUUAUUAGAGAUGCUAGAUGCUCUUCUUAGAAUGGUGACCACUUCAGUUAGAAAACAUUGGAGUUUUGGGUUGUUUCUGGUUUUUUAAAAUUCUUUUUUAGAAGGGUAUGUUGUGCUCUCGUGAGCUAUGCAAUUUCUAAAAAUAUGCUAGAAGUUGAGUCCAUGAUCCAGUCUGUUUUUUAGUUCCAUUGAAUUGAUCACAUAGAUUGGGAAGGCAGUUAAAGGCUUUAAAUGUAGAAUGCCCUUUUGAUUUUGAAUGAUUUCAGAAUCGAACACUAGUAUAAUAUUUAACCUGCUGCUGACUUUUCUUCAACUGUGGCAACUAAAGGCAUCCUCAUAUAUGUGUUAGUGAAAUAUUUAUCCCUCUUCUGCACAGACUUAUUUGCGAUCAUAACUGGUUAGUUUUCGUUUUUGUUUUUGUUUUUAAUGAAACUGGUACCAUCUGUGCCCUCACAGAAUAUUCCCCAUGCAGUUUUUGAGAACUAAACUCGUCCUGUUUAACCAGAUAAUCCACGGGGUGGGGGAGGGGGGUUCCUUUUUUAAACAAAAUGCUAUUCAAUUAUUAACCAAGUUACUUACUUUUGAUUUCAAAAGCAGCUGUGUUUUCUAAUGAGUGCUGAACAAAUGUGUGUUCAGUACUUCUGAUUUUGUUUUCAAGCACUGUAAUGUGGGCUGGAUGAUUAGAAACAAUAAUAUAUUAGGGUUUCUAUUUAACCCUUUCAGGACUGAACUGUAUCUCCUAUUAAUUUUUCCCUGUGUCGUGAUAAAUGUUUGCCGGCAUUCAGUACUGUGUUGGUCCAGAUGUAGGUUUAUAUGCUCAUUUUUAGCUUAUUUCUUGUACCUUGCAGCAUGCUGUACGCAUUCAGUCCUUAAGGGGUUUAUUUUACAAACUGUGCGCCUGUAAGGUUUAUUAGCAAUAAGAUAGAAAAUUGAGCAAGUUUAUACCAUAAUUUUGUAGAAAAAAGAAUCUGCUCAGUUCCAUAUUUCGCCCAUGAGAAACCUGCAAUACGGGCAGUUUCAAGGAAUAAAUAAAAAAGGAAAC